CACCCUGUCAGUGUUGUUUACGUUUUCUCAGCACAUCCAGCACUGUUUUUCCUGCAUUUCUCUUGUUUCCUGGACAAAUAUACGCCUCUCCGCCAUGUCCGAUGAUAGCUCAAAUGACGCCAAGCCUGAGGAGCAGGAGACACCCGGAGCGCCUGUGAAACGACGGAGAUUGGAUCAUGAGGAUCUCUAUCUGGCCGAUCUGCCCAAUUCCGACUCCUACGAGAAGAGCUACAUGCACAGGGAUGUGGUGACGCACGUGGUGACGACCAAGACGGAUUUCAUCGUCACAGCCAGCGUGGAUGGACACAUAAAGUUCUGGAAGAAGAUGGAAGAGGGAGUGGAGUUUGUGAAGCAUUUCCGGAGUCACUUGAAUGCCAUCACGAGUGUGUCUGUGGAUUGUCAGGGGAAUCUUCUGUGCACCGCUUCUGUGGACAAGAGCAUCAAAGUCUUUGAUGUCAUCAACUUUGACAUGAUUAACAUGAUCCGGGUGGACUAUGUGCCCAAAUGUACGGAGUGGACUUACUCAGGAUCCGACGUAAUAGCCAGUUUGAUGGUGACAGACACAGAUUCCAAUGCGAUCUACGUUUAUGACGGCAAAGGAGACAACAAACUCUUGCACACAUUUGACAAACUCCACACGGCGCCCGUUAUUAUCCUGCGAUACAAUCCCAUCUUCGAGAUUGUCGUCUCUGUGGACACUAGAGGGAUUUUGGAGUAUUGCACAGGGCCUAGGAAUGAGUACUCCUUCCCCAGCAAAAUCGUCUCCUUCGAGUCGAAACUCGACACGAGUCUCUUCGAGUUCGCCAAGCAGAAAACCAUAGUUUCCAGUCUGGAAUUCAGCGAAGAUGGUCGGAAAUUUGCCACUCUGUCAUCGGAUCGGAUGGUGAGAGUCUUUUCCUUCCUCUCGGGCAAACUUCUGCGCGUGUAUGACGAAUCGCUGGCGAGAUUCUCCGAGCGCCAUCAGGAACAUCCCACGCUGCCGAACAUGGAGUUCGGCCGACGAAUGGCCAAUGAGAAGGAUCUGGAGAAGUCGGACAAGCUUUCCCAAUCUAAUGUAGUCUUCGACAGGAGCGGACACUUUAUUCUGUACUCGACGAUGUUGGGCGUGAAGCUGGUGAAUAUUGACACGAAUAAGUGCGUCAAGAUUCUGGGCAGUAGCGACAAUCUCCGGCCGCUGCACAUUUCACUGUAUCAGGGAAAAGUGAGGAGGACAAAGGGCGCCAUCACGAUGGAACAGGAAGCGUCUGAGAAUCCAACACUUCAAUCGAUCGCCAAUGAUCCAACACUCUUCGCAACGGCUUACAAGAAGCAACGAUUCUAUCUUUAUAGCCGCAGAUCGCCACUUUAUGUGCAGAAUAGCGAUCGAGACAUCUUCAAUGAGAAACCUUCCAAGGAAGACAUCAUCUCUGUGUCCGACGCGCAGGGAAGUCAGAUCAUCUACGACAAUGCCACAAUUCACACAACAAUGGGCGACAUUUACAUGAAGCUCUUCGGCAAUCAGUGUCCGAAAACGGUGGAGAACUUCUGCACGCACAGCAAAAAUGGUUACUACAACGGCCACAUCUUCCACCGAGUGAUCAAGGGCUUCAUGAUCCAGACGGGCGAUCCCACGGGCACGGGCACUGGCGGCAAGUCCAUCUGGGGCUCGGACUUCCAGGACGAGUUCGUGGCCACGCUGAAGCACGACAAGCCCUACACGGUGAGCAUGGCCAAUGCGGGCCCCAACACGAACGGCAGCCAAUUCUUCGUCACCGUGCUGCCGACGCCGUGGCUGGACAACAAGCACACGGUCUUCGGGAGAGUGCUGAAGGGCAUGGAAGUGGUGCAGAAUAUCUGCAAUGUGAAGACGAAUCCCAAGUCGGACAAACCCUACGACGAUGUGAAGAUUGUGUCAAUAAAGCUGCACUAG